AUGAACACCCUCUUCAACACCGCCCUCAAACAAUCCACCUCCAUUAAACGCGAUCUCUCCCCUCAAGCCGGGGCCCAACUAUCAGCCUCCCUCCUCGGUCAAAUCUCCGCCUCCCUCAUCUCCUUCUCCCGCACCCUAGACUCCUACGCGGACCUCGCGAAAUCCGAGCUCAACCCCUCCAAAAAAGAAAAAGCCUUCGAGCGCAUCGAGUCCUUCCGCUCCGAACUACAAUCCUUCCGCGAGCAAUUAAAAGAGCUCCGUGCACAAACAGAAGAUGUGCAAACAAGCGUAAACAGGCAAGAACUCCUAGGACGAAGACCACACCACACCAGCACGCCCGAAAACCCCUACUCAGACGCAGCGAUCGCCUCCGCGCCCAGUACGCACAAUCCGUGGGCGCCCAAAGAUGCGAAUGGCAGCAGCCUGGGCAUGAACAGUGGGGACUACACGCGAGAAACGCACGCGUUGCGCGAACAGAGUUUUUUCGCAAACACACAUACGGCGCUGGAUGAGUACCUGGCGCGGGGCCAGGCUGUGUUGGGAGAUUUGGGACAGCAAAAGGAGAUUUUGAAGGGGACGCAGAAGAGGCUUUAUAGUGUGGCAAAUACGCUGGGGGUGAGCGGGGAUACGAUUCGCAUGAUUGAGCGGAGGGCCAAGCAGGAUAAAUGGAUUUUUUGGGCCGGGGUGGUGAUUUUCUUUGGGUUUUGCUGGCUUGUGCUGCAUUACUUGAGAUGA